AUGGGAAAUUAUACAAAAAAAGAAGAAAAUAGCAGCCAUGUCAAACUGCUAGCGCUGACGUUCAACUGGCCCGUCGCUGUUGGCCUGCUGGCGCUUUCGCUUCGCCAACCGCCCUCGCGCAUUGCUUUUGCGGGUCUUCGGACCAUACCCCCCGCCCCUCUCCCGCCCUUCCGCCCUCCCACCCCUACCGCCCACCUUUUUCGCCCUUCCCCACACUCACGCACCCCUCCCCAACCCUUUUCACUCCGUAUCCGUUUAUGUCCUCUUUUCAAUCCAUCUCAACUUUCAAAAUUUCCCCCUAUCAUCAUCCCCUUCCUGCCCCACUCUCGCGCCCCUCUACCCUCGUCUUCAUCUUCCCUUUCCUCAUUACGAUCCCCUUGGCAGUGGUCGCAACGUCGUUGUAACAUGGGUGCUCGUCCAACGCGCUACGCUCCGGCGGCGGUCACCGCGGGCCGUUCGCGCGUCUGGUGCCGAGGCCUAUGUAUGACUGGUCCUGACUAUCGCGGAACUAUCCUCACCCUUAUCCUUGCCGUGGCCAUUUUCUCCGCCGAAUCCGCCGUUUCGUUCCCAUGGCUUCUUUCCAAUCGCACGCUCGUUGGCGUCAUUCUACUCGUUGCCCUUAUUGUUUCGUUCAUUAUUACUGUCGUUGCUGCCUAUCUUGCGUCUACAACGGACCCAGGUAUUAUCCCUCGCGCGAACACUGUACCACCAUCCUUCGCCGCUUUUCCCACCGUACGGGAGCGAAGACUAAUCUUCCGAGGCAGGCCCAUUACCGUCAAAUUUUGUGACACAUGUAGAGUAUGGCGCCCUCCAAGAACAAGUCAUUGCGCAACUUGCAACAAUUGCGUUCGGAGGUUUGAUCAUCAUUGCCCUUGGCUGGGCAAUGAUGUUGGCUUGCGGAACUAUAGAUCUUACUUCACCUUUGUAUCUGUCGGCACAGUGGCUGCCACUAUAGCUAUUGCUACUUCCGUUCUCACGAUUCACUGGUCAACUGCAAACUUUCGACAGCAGUUCCCUGAUGAUAGCUACGCUUCCUCGCUGCGCCGCGCUCUCUCCGGCCCCAUUGCCGUCAACCUCGCUAUCGUCUUACUCUCCACUCUCGCUCUUCUCUUUACUGGUGGCCUUACUGGCUUUCAUCUGUAUCUUAUGGCAAACAAUGUUACGACAGCUGAGUCGUUUAAAAAGCGUAAUCGAAAUGCGGCCCAUCCCGAAGACGAUUUGCGAGGAUGCUGGUCCGUGCUGUAUUUGCAAUGCACCCGACGGCAAGCAAGCGCUGUCACUGACGGUUUUCUCGGCCCAGCAUAUCCGGAGGAAGAUGAAAUAUUGGCUCUCGUCGAUGCACAAGUUGAAGAAGAACGCGUUGCCCAGAUGGAAGUUGGUAGACCUGGAAUAAUUGUCUCUCCCCCACAAGUAGCGCAAAUCUAG